AUGGCCUCCGGUUUACUUUGCUCUUCAAGAAGGCGAAAUGUCCAAUAUGAAUGGGUUUCAGCGCCCCUCGCAGCCCACGGUAAGCAGCCAAACGGUACCACCAACUCCUCGGCUGCGCACCAGCGCAAUGACUACCACCAUUACCACAUUUACUGCUACCACUACGAGCAGCUGCCUGCCGGUCCGUGCUCCCAUCGCCCGUGGCUGCGAUGCGACCACCCAGGAGACCGCAGUGCGGCGCCGUUCACCGAAGACAUGCUGCAAAUAACCGCGCACCUCCCCAAAGUAACAUCAUUUCGGGCCCCCGCCCAAGUCACUGGUUGUAAAACAUGGCCGAAGGACAAACUCAAGAUCGAGGAGAUUCAACAGAUCCUUUUGUCUCACUCCCAGUGGCUAGAGUAUGGUAGGCUGGACCAUGCCAUCCAACUUGCCACAAACCACUCUUCCGAUGAUGUUCCCGCGGCUAACAAGUACAACUAUGACGAUAAAAUCUUCUUGCAAACGCACAAGCGUACCAGUGUGCCCGAGAAUCGAAAGUGUCACUGCGUCAGCAAGAACGCCCACAGGUUCUGUGACCUACUCACCAGGAAAUAUUGGCUCGACCUCAACAACUGCGUACUGGCCUUCGAAGGUCGCUACACGAGCCAGGAGCUUAAUUCGGCCAUGGCUACCUUCCAUAACGACAACGAAAAAGGCCCUAAGGACCAGAAGGUCAAGGUAGAUCACGUGGCCACUACCACUCUUGUCAGGCUGCACACCAUCUUUGUGCGGCGUGUCAGUGUUAUUUUUCAAGAUAUACUUCAAGCAGCGGGCAUCGUACUUUGGCGUGAACCCUCCAUGGAUCGCAUACCUGUGGGACUGUCCUCCCUCAAUCAUCUGUCGUCGUGUGACAACUCCACGGAAGACAGUCGGGAAUUCUGGUUCGUUUACUACACUGUAGUAUAUCCCGUUAAGUUUGUACAAAAUCUGAAAGCAGACUUGUCUACAAAAACCUUCUACGGACUGCUGCCCAUUUUCACUUUCAUGUUCAAGUUUUUCAGGAAUAACCAGCGUGAUCUUAAUGACGGAUAUUUUUUGCCCAUUACCAGAAGUGUGCAGAAUUGUCCGGUUGUACUUGGCGAGAAGUUCUCGAAAGAAUUCCAACAACUAUGCAUAAGAGUGACCAACCUUCUUUGCCCGCACAUGCACAAGGACAUAUGCGUCGUCAUAAGACCUACUAGGAAGUUCUGCUUUAGUAGUGAAGACAUGUCCCGUUGUUCGGUGGUCGGCCAACUUCACACUUGCUGUACUCACUUCUCCUACCCGUGCGUGCCACAUGCACGGUUAGUGUAUCGUCUGCAAAAGAUGUGCAAUACGGACGAACGGCAGUGCUGGAAGAAGCCGGGUAAAAAGCCGACAUCCAUGAUCAAGAGCCCCAGCGAGCCACCGACAGAGAGCUUCCACAAGAUCUAUCACCUCGACCAGGAUGCUGCUGGAAGCAUUGGGCAGCGGGAAUUCGCCAUCAUGAUCACAACCGAGACUGCACAUCUGGUACUUGGUUGGCCUUUACUUGUUUUCCAGAACAGUUUCGUGAGCGAGACGCCCGAAGGUACCUGGGAGCUUUGGACGUGCCUCACGUGUAAACUCACGACUCUGAACUGGCAAUCACAGCUAAAGCUGGGGCAAUUCGGCCUGAAUAAUUGCCAAGACUGCUUCGUUGUAAUGCUGACCUGCGUUGUCAUUACUCUGCACACGUGUAUCGAACUACUACAUAUCGGGACAGUGAGUACAAACCGGAAGUUCGUGCUCUCCGUCCUGCUCGAGGCACAGCACAAACAGGCCGACUUGUGGAUCCUGGUGACCGUUCUGUCCACAGACACUGACUGUAAUCAGACUGAGCAGAUUAUGGAGUCUGGCAUUUUCUGGCACACUCUCUGCAACAUGAGAAACAACAUGGUAAAAAUGUCUAACGCUGCACACGUCCGCAAUCUCUGCCGAACCCUAAACGACAAAACAAGCACCGCCUACGACACCGUGAUGUCCAGAAAAAAUCCUGACAGUUUCCUCAAUGUGUUUUUUGUCACAUGCACGGAAGAAAUGAUGCUUGCGAAGGAAGAGAAGCUCAGUCUGUUGAUUGCGGCUUGUGCUUGGAGCCUCUUCACGCGAUCAAAGCUCUGCGCCUCACCUGAAGACUCCGUCGUCAUAGUGAACGUGGAGCUCAAGGAUAUCAAGGACGUGAUGGAAGACACGAUGAAAUGUUUCUACAGCACCCUCGAGCAUAAUUUCGAACGAAAAAUUAACUAUCAAGCCGAUGUGCGGGAAAAUCAUUUCAUGGAAGGCUGCAAUUGCGAGGUGAGCGUUUUCAGGCUAGCGCACCAAAAGCUCUUCCUGAAGCACACCUACGAACCCGGGACGAAAUUUAUUAUGGUUGACAAGCAGCAUCGCGCACUGGCUAGUGACCACGGCGCUAUUGACCAAUGCAGUAACAUGCGUCAAAAAACACCAGCGGGCUCAGCUGUAAUGCACCCUCUGGACUUUGGCUUCUUUCUUUGCCGAGUUUUGUCAAGACAUGAUGGGUCAUAUCCAGUCCGGUGCAUACGACACGCUUUCUACAUGGAAGGCAGCGGAAAACAGUACUGCCAGUAUGGGCUGCCUCAAAAACAGCCACUGGUGGCUGCAUCGUCUAGGCAAGCUCAACCGUCUGCUCCAGCGCACUAA